AGCACUCAAAAUUGCUUGAGCUAGCAGAGGCUAGGCUUCUUCUGCUUUUUCAGCUUUUUGAGCCACCAAGCUUUGGAAAAGAUGGAGAAGAAGAAAGCAAUGGAAAUUGAAGGUGGUGGAGUCGAGGUUGAUGAGACGAAAUGGGUUUAUGAUUCUUCACUGGAUCAUAAAGGAAGACUUCCUCUUCGAGCUUCCACUGGUUCUUGGAAAGCUGCCCUAUUCAUUAUCGCAAUUGAGUUCAGCGAGAGGCUGAGCUACUUCGGGAUAGCAACAAGCUUGGUGCUUUACCUGACGAAGGUGAUCCAUGAAGACCUCAAAACUGCAGCCAGGAACGUCAACUAUUGGUCUGGUGUCACCACUCUCAUGCCCCUCCUUGGAGGCUUCGUUGCUGAUGCCUACUUGGGUCGCUAUUUCACUGUCUUCGCUUCCUGCGUCGUCUUCUAUAUCUCUCCCCUCAGGCCAUGUGACGCUGAUACUGCUAUUACUGCAUGCACCAAACCAAGAAUGGCACACGAGGUGGCCUUCUUCUUUGCCAUCUAUUUGCUCUCCAUUGGAACUGGAGGUCACAAACCUUCGUUGGAGAGCUUCGGAGCCGACCAGUUCGACGACGAUCAUGCCACAGAGAGGAGGCAGAAGAU